AUGCUUCAAUGCCAUCAAAUUUUCUCUGCUGGUGAAAAUAAAGCUGGUCCCAAAGAUGGAAAUUAUGGUGGUUAUGAAUUGACAUUAGGAAAACCAAGCACAUCUUCCACUUCUAAUAAAAAUAUAGAGUACAACACAUUAGAAAUACAUAAUGUUGCUAUACAGAACAUCAGAUAUGGUGUUGGCCUGCAUGCCACAACUGCCAUCAUCGCUGUUGGCUUUAUUGAUGACUUGAUCACUGAAGAAGACAAGGGACUUGUAGUUGAUCACAAUAAAGUCAAGAGGGCCAAAGAAAAUGUUACAAAAUCCCUGGACCAGGAAUUUGAUUACCUUUGUCAGAAGGGUGAAACUGACCGCAUCUUCUCUGAUGGCCAUAAAGAUCCAACUGAAGUUAUGCUGAAAUCAACAGUUCCCCAGCAUAAUCACAGAACAUUCUUCUCUGUGCAGUGA